ACAAGAUGGCUGCGGAACCAGAUUUGAGUGCGGACACUCGUCGAUUGAAUACGAAAAAACAGACACUUGAUGACGCAUAUGCCGCACCGGCAAAUUUUCUAGAAAUUGAUGUAUGUAAUCCAGAGACACAUGGCUUUGGGAAAAAGAGAUAUUCAGACUAUGAAGUGAGAAUGAGGACAAAUUUACCAGUAUUUAAAUUGAAAGAAUCAUCUGUUCGGAGACGAUACAGUGAUUUUGAAUGGCUGCGAACAGAAUUGGAGCGAGAUAGUAAGAUAGUAGUUCCACCUUUACCUGGCAAAGCCUGGAAAAGGCAGCUUCCUUUCAGAGGUGAUGAUGGAAUUUUUGAAGAAGAUUUUAUUGAAGAGCGUAGACAAGGCCUAGAAGCUUUUGUAAAUAGAGUGGCUGGACACCCAUUGGCCCAAAAUGAACGUUGCCUGCAUAUGUUUCUACAAGAACCUGUAAUAGAUAAAAAUUACGUCCCUGGUAAAGUUCGGAAUACAUAAAAUUACAGAUCAGCAGAAGGAGAAAAAUCACCUACCCCACACAAGUGUUAUCUUAGUUGCUCAUUUCAUUUGCCAUGUUGUCAUAUCAUACAACAAUAAUUAUUUUUCAUAACAUCUGUAGCAGAGAAAAUUUUGUAUGGUCCUGUCUUUUUCUCACUGCAAUAUGAAAUUUUCGAUCUCAGUGUAUAAAGUGAGACAGCGUUUUCUAUUUC